AUGAAUUAAUGCAUAAUAUGGAUAAAGCUUUUGUUUAAAAAAUGCUUAUCUAUCAUCUAAUACACUAAAAUUCGAACUAAUAAUACACAUUAUCAGAUGCAAUAAUUUAAUUAAGUUGAAUUGAACUUAGAUAAAGAUAUUGAUAAUAAUCUUAAAGAAGAAUUUAAGAAUGAAAGUAUUUAUUAAUUUUGAAUAUAUUCUAAGAUUAUGAAACUGAAUUGGUAACCAAUGAUUUUGAAAUUAAAGUACAAACAUAAAAAUAAUAAUUAAUUGAAAAAUAAGAAAUAAUAGAAGUUGUUCCAUAGACUAUCGAUAUAAAGAUAAUUAGAUAAUUUAUAGAAACUACUCCAACUGUUGAUAUAAAUAAUAUAGAAUUUCUAAUUGAAUUAGGAAAUCAAUCAUUUUAAAUUUAUAAUUCAAUUCUGUAUGACUAUGAUGGAUAUGAAUAACUUGAAGAUAACUAAGAUGAAUUCAGUUAUUGGAUUAAAUAUAUAGAGACUCCUGAAAAAUUUUAGAUUCAUCAGAUGAGAUAUAAAUAUACACUUAAUACAACUAUUUCUAAAUAUAUUGCUUUUAUGAAAGAUUUAGAAAUGUAAAAAAAGAUUGAUUCUUCAAUUGAUCAAUAUGAAUAACAUUUUUCAAAUAAUUAAUUACAAAUUAAUUAUCUUAGAUAUAAGAAAAUACUUUUUAUGGAUCCACGUGAUUUCUUUUUUAUUAAAUAUAUAAAAUAUAUUGAUGAAAAUACUUUAUUUGAAAUAAGUAAAUCUAUUGAAAGUGAUGAAUUUUAACCUUUGUAAUUUUAUAAUAAUUUAAUUUAGUACUCCAUCAUAAAAAUCUACAACUAGGGCAUAUCUAUAAUUAAGUGGAAAUUAUAUAAAAUAAGUAGAAGAUAAUAAAUUAGAAAUAUAAACAUAUUCUGAAUGUAAUAUGAAAUUAAAAUUGAAACCUGUAAUGACUAAAACUGCUAGCAAAAAUGAAAUUAAGAAAUUAAUAAAAAAAUAUCGUGAUCAUUUUAAUUAGUAAUGA